UAAAACCGAAAGGAAAGCCCCUGUACAAACAGAACGAACGCUGCUCUUCAGCGGUUCGCCCAUGACAACAUCAACAACUGAUUAACAACCGCGAUUUCGGUACCGCGAGCGCCGUGGCCCCUAUCUCCCAUUGGCCGUGUUCAUCAUUCGCGUUAGUGCAGCAGCCGCAUUCACACACCCGCCGGAAGCUUCCGCUUGAAAGCAGUACAAAACCCCGAACCUCCGAAAAUGUCAUCGAUCGUGCGUAAAGUGAUCUCCACCAAGAAGUGCCCGAAAGCGCUGGCCCCGUACAACCAAGCCAUCGUGGCUGACCGCACCGUGUACUGUUCCGGCGUGCUCGGUAUGGAGCUCGAUACGCUCAAGCUGGUGCCGGGCGGUGCGGCCGCACAAACGGCAAAAGCGCUCGAGCAUUUGACCAACCUGCUGGCCGAGGCGGGAUCCGGCAUUGAUAAGGUUGUCAAAACGACCGUCCUGCUGGGCGAUAUGAACGAUUACGCCACCGUGAACGAGGAGUACAAGAAGGUGUUCAGCAGCAGCUUCCCAGCCCGGACGUGCUACGGAGGCAUCAAGCUGCCGCUCGGUGCUGCCGUCGAGAUAGAGGCCAUCGCGCUGACCGGUGCCGUGGUCAACAUUUCCGAAUGACUAGACGCGAAAAUGUAAAGCGUUUGGAUGUCCGGUGGUAAGGUUGUGUUUGCGGUUACCUUAUUGCUGUGCCUUCCAUCCCGGCACAACACUCGAAGCGAAUACAUCGUCAAUUGACAGUGAACUUGUGAAGUUUAAUCCGAUUUUUGGUUUAGCAUAGCCGUAAUAAAUGGUGGUAAACAAAUCGGG